CUGCGGGGAUCACGUGCCUCUGCUCGUUGCGGCGGAGCAGCGCGCUGCGCUCAGCUCUUCUCCCUUCUUGCUUCUCCCGACGGCUGCAAUGAAUCCGUUCUUCCUUUCAGGAGCGCUGCGUGCUGGAACAAAGGCCGUCUCGUUCCUCCGGACGCUUUGGUCUCUCAUCGUGUUCAUCGUUUGCAGUUUGGGAGUUGUAGGGAUAUGGAACCAGUUCCUGGCACUGCUGGAGAUCUCUGCCUGGCAGCCGUCCCUCCCUCUGCGAGCAGCCGAUCUCACACGCAGCUCCGUGCUCAGGCUGCUUUCCGGGUUCUCUGCUCAGUUCUUUACGCCCGUUUGGAAUGCCGAAUCGGGGAUCGCGUUGUCCAUCCUCCUGAAUGUCUUCCUCUCCAUCCUUCUCAUCUACUUCGUGUGCAAGAAGUCUUCUCCUAAAGCAGAGAAUGCUGAGCGGCAGCAAGAAUGGGGAGGCUUAGGACAGGACUUGGGGGCGUUGGGACCCCCGGUGUCAUCGCAUGUGGAACAGAGAGGAGAAGAAGAAGAAGUGGAAGAAGUGGAGGAAGAUGCAGGGCAGGGACCGUCCCCAACAGCACCGCCAUCGAGAGCAGCAGCGGAAAGAGCUGAGAGCCACGGAGAGGAGAGUGAGGAGGAGGAAUUUGCUGUUAGCACUGCUCGCCCAGCUCGGGAGGUGACUGAAUUCCACCGCUCAAGAGAGGAGUUUGUACGGCACCCAAACGAAGCUGUUGUCACCUGGCUGCUUCGCUGUUGGGACAGCGGGGCCAGCAGCGUGCUUCUAGAUGGAAACGGGGCUCGCCAGCUGGGCAGCAUUGCCGGAGACUCAGCUAUUGACAGAGGGAUCAGUAGAUGUCUGCGCGGAGUCACCACCCUCUGGGAACGAAUGUUACUGGCCGUGAAGGAAAGGCAUCCCUUCAAAGAUGAUCUGGAGCCUGAAGUGAAAAGGUGGAAGACUCUUAAAGAAGGUAUCCAGUAUUUGAGAGAGACGGCCGUGGCGGAGAUGUUGUGUGACCCCAUGUUCGUCCCCAAUGAUCCACACCCGAACCGCCGUGAUCCUGAGAAUGUGAGGAUCACGUCAGAUGUUGUGUGGAAUCUCACAAGAACAGCACCAGAAAGGUACCUGGGUGUGCUGGCAUCGAUGUCCCAUAGGUACGAGAAGCAACAGAGGAGGCCCCCCGUGAUGGAACUGAUUAUUAGACUUCAGAUCUUUGAACAACAACUACUUCUAUUCCACGGUUACGUUUCAGCCACCUCAGAAAUAACAGAAAGGAUGGAUAAAGCAGAUAAGAGGUUGGAUAAGAUGGCAGGUAACAAGGAGAGGAAACAGGGCGGCAUGCCAGAGGAAGCGUCCCUGUCAGUGAAUCGUGGUGAACCUGUGGCAGGGUCAGAAACAGCCAGCGAAGAUCAGGACCUAACGAGUCUGCUGAAGGAGCUGAUCACACUGAUUAAAGGUGAUGAACCCUCCUCCUCACCUGCGCCACCCAAAAUCUCAGCUAUCAAUGGCAAACGCUCUCCCACGCAAGCAAACGACAGCAGUAGAUGUAUGGCACGUGCUGCCUUGUGGAGUUACUUACGUGAGCAUGGAGAAGACAUGAAGGAGUGGCGUAAAAAACCCACGGCUGCGCUCCGAGCUCGGGUGAGAGAAUUACAGCAGAGAUCAACCAGCGUGCGACUGCUCCACUUACUGCAGCUCUCCAGCCUGUCCAGCUCCCGCUGAAUGGCAGCACGGCCUUCAGGCUGUCAGCCAAUCCACCCAACUUCGUAUCAUCAGCAAACAUGCUGAGGGUGGCCACCAUCCCCUCAUCAAGGUCAUUGAUGAAGAUGUUGAACAAGACCGGACCCAGCACCGACCCCUGGGGGACACCGCUGGUUACAGGUCUCCAGCCAGACUCUGCACCGCCAACGACGACCCUCUGCACUCUGCGCUCUGCCAGUCAGCCAGUUCUCAACCCACCUCACUGUCCACUCAUCUAUCCCACACUUCCUCAGCUUUGUUAUAAGGAUGUCGUGGGGGACAGUAUCAAAAGCCUUGCUGAAAUCAAGGUAGACUACAUCCACUGCUCUCCCCCCAUCCACCCAGCCAGAGACAACAUCAUAGAAGGCCACCAGGUUGGUCAAGCACGACCUCCCCCUGCUGAACCUGUGCUGACUACUCCUGAUAACCUCCUUUUCUUCCAGUUGUCUGGAGAUGACAUCCAGCACAGCUGUUCCAUCACCUUUCCAGGGACAGAGGUGAGGCUGACUGGCCUAUAAUUGCCAGGAUCUUCCUUCUUGCCCUUUUUGAAGACCGGAGUGACAUUGGCUAUCCUCCAGUCUUCAGGCACCUCCCCCGUCCUCCAAGACCUCUCAAAGAUGACAGGAAGUGGUUCAGCAGUCACCUCUGCCAGCUCCCAUUUACCAAAUUAGCACUUGGUGCCUUCAGGGCCGAUGCAGUUUUGCUGCCGUGCACGCUGCGCUGCCCAACGCGACCCACGAGUGCUUCUGCCAGAGGCCUUAAGCAAAGAGCAGAACCAGAGAAAGAGAACCCAGGCUCAGGGGUACCUUUACCCACAGGACGCUGUCUGCCCCUGCGCUGACCCUCCUCAGACUUGCAGUCCCUCCCGGACGAGCUGCCGGUGGGCGCGGGGCGUUCUCCUCUCGGUGGGUCCACAGCCGAGCAGAGGGUCUCCUGCCGGGUCACCAACUGGAGCUGACAAUUCCAACAGAGUAACUUGACAUGGCAGCUGUCUCAAGCAGGCCUUCCUUUACUGCAGCGCUGCGUGCAUGGGCAUCAUUCCGCCAGCAUGCAGCAGCUGCGUAUUCAGAGGUAGAGCGCAUGCACAGCCAUCGCUUGUCAAGGACGUGGGCAGAAAUGCCAAGACAAAGUUAACAUCGUGUCCCUCCCUUUUGGGCGUGUGUCCUAACGUCAUGGUGGGGGUCUCUGGUGGUCCUGGGAUGGAGGCUGGUGAUCAUUCUCACUGUGAAUUUCCCACCUUUCAAAGGGGGGUAGCCCAGCCCGGCUCCCAGUGGUGCUGUAUUGAAGUGAGGCAUUUUUACUGCUGUCUUACCUUCUACAACAAGACGUCUGUUCUACGUUCUUGUCCUUAUUUGAUGGUCAGUGGACUCUGCAAUCUGCUUGGCUUACGGUACACAUGUCUCCUGUUCCUUCAGUUUGAGUCUACUCAAGUUAUGUGGAAAAAGGCUGUUGUCACAACAUAGAGAAGAUGUUCUCGUGAUUCAGCAGGUGGCUGGGCCCCAUCCCCUCAUUGUCCCACUUGCUGGAGAAGAGAAGGCUGCAAGGAGACCUCAUGGUGGCCUUCCAGUAGUUGAAGGGAGCGUAUAAACAGGAGGGGGAAUGGCUGUUUGUGAGGGUGGGUGGUGAUGGGACAAGGGGAAUGGCUUGAAAGUGAGACAGGGGAGGUUUGGGUUGGAUAUGAGGAGCAAGUUUUUCAGCCAGAGGGCGGUGAGGCACUGGAACAGGUUGCCCAAGGAGGCUGGAGCACUGAGCCCAGUUCUGGGCUCCCCAGUACAAAACAGACAGGGAUCUCUUGGAAAGAGUCCAGCGGAGGGCCACCAAGAUGGGGAGGGGCCUGGAGCAUCUCUGCUAUGGGGAAAGGCUGAGUGAACUGGGUCUGUUCAGCCUGGAGAAAAGAAGGCUGAGAGGGGAUCUAAUACAGGUCUGUAAAUAUCUGAGGUGUGGGGGGCAGAGCGGCGAGGCCGGACCGUUUCCACAAGUGUGUGCAGACAGGACGAGGGGAAACGGCCAGAAACUGCAGCAGAGGAAGUUCCACACAAAUGUGCGCAAGGAUUUCUUCAGGUGAGGUGAGGAGCACUGGAACAGGCUGCCAGGUGGUGGUGGGGUCUCCUUCUCUGCAGAUGUUCAAGUCUCGCCUGGACGCCUCCCUGUGCGACCUGCUGUAGGGAACUUGCUUCGGCAGGGGGUUGGACUCUGAUCUCUGGAGGUCCCUUCCAACCCCUACGAUUCUGUGAUUCUGUGAUGCUGUGUUGUGGAUGCCCCAUCCCUGGAGGCAUUCAAGGCCAGGCUGGAUGUGACUCUGGGCAGCCUGGUGUGCUGGUUGGUGACCCUGCACACAGCGGGGGGUUGGCACCAGAUGAGCACUGUGGGCCUUUCUAUGAUUGUAUGAUGCUAUGAUCCAUGCCAUGUGUUUGCUCUCAAGGUAAUUUCCUCCAUGACCU